AUGGAGGUGGAUUUCGGCGACACUGAGCUGUUCGAGCAGUUCGGAGAGGAAACUCCUGCUAAUGUUAACAAACACAUCAGAUUUUCGGAUGAGGACGAGCACCAGAACCACGACAGCGAGCUCCGGGACAGAUUAGAGGAGAGCGAGGAGACCGUAGUUCGCCUGAAAACGGAGAAUGAGGAACUCAGAAGAAAGUUGAAUUUUUUGAGUCGGCCUCCAGGAAUCAACGUCGUCGAUCCAAAUAUCGACAGUCCUCUCUGCCAGAUCCUCUUCGGAAACAACAGCAUCUCAAAGCAGUGCCGGCGAGAUAUCGAGGACUACGUCUUCGAUCUGAUUCAGAAACACCAGCACCAGCAGCAUGAGAACCAGGCGUCCGCCCAGCUCCCGGGCCCGCAGAACUCAAGUUUCAUCCUGGAAGAAAACCAGAACACGAACUCUAAAGAGAGUAAAAAGAUCAGAGAUGCUUUCUGUGUCGUGGGGAGCGUCUUGUACUUCACCUCGUUCUGUCUGGACAAACUCGGUCAGCCUCUGCUGAAUGAAAACCCCCAGCUGACGGAGGGAUGGGAGAUUCCCAAGUAUCAGCAGGUUUUCGCCCAGGUGAUGGCUUUAGAGGGCCAGGAGGUCCAGAUCAAAGAGAAGAGGCCUAAACCGUGUUGUUUUAACUGCGGUGAAGAAGGCCACCAGCUGAGAGACUGUCCAAAGCCUAAAGACAUGGCACGCAUCAACGAGAAGCGGAAGGAGUUUGCACAAGGAAACAAUCAGGGAAACAACCAGCGAUACCACGCCGAGGAGGUGGAGGAGCGCUUUGCUAAGUACAAACCUGGAAUACUGGGGCAGGAGCUGUUGGACGCGCUCGGCGUCGUCGCUAACGCACUGCCGCCGUUUAUUUAUCGGAUGCGAGAGCUGGGCUAUCCACCGGGCUGGCUAAAGGAAGCCGAGACGGAGAACUCGGGCCUGACGCUCUACGAUGGAAAAACGCCUGGGGAGGAAGAAUCCAACGGCCCCGGCCAGGACGUGUCUUAUGAUGUUUCUAAGUUGGUGGAUUUUCCUGGUUUUAAUGUCUCUGCACCGCCCAACGUCCGAGACGAGUACCGGUCAUUCGGUUCCAUCCCAAUGCAGCCUCACCACUGGAAGCCGACUUUUGCUGAACACUUGUUGAACACGUACCAAUCGCCCAUGCCCAAAUGUGCCAAAAGGAGCCACGAGGCCGAAUCAUCUCCCAUACAGACCAAGAAGCGACAGAGCAAUCUGAAUGUUUCCGGGUGUUCAGACAUGGACACUGAUUCAGAUCAAGAAACUCCUGGCAGAAACAGACGGGACAGCUUCAAGUUUCAGCCUCCACUUCCUCCUGGCUCUCCGCACAUCGGCACGCCUCCGCCGUUACCCCCGGGAACGCCCCCGGUCACCCCCACCCCGCCCCCACUCCCCAAAGGCACGCCUCCGCCGACCCCUCCCACGAAUUCCGGUUCCCCGGCUCUCGCCAGAGGAAGCGUCGGGGGGGAGGAGUCUGAGGACGGGCUGACGUUAGAGGAGCUGGAGGAGCAACAGCGCCUGCUCUGGGCGGCGCUAGAGAACGCAGAUAACGGGACCAGCGACUCGGACACCGGGGCCACGGGAACGCCCGCCGUGGCCUCGCCCGCCGUGGACUCGCCCGGCACGGCCUCUCCGAACGUUCCUCAAUCGGUCGAGAUGGAAGAAGACGAUGCGCACGUGAAGGAAGCGGUGAUCGCGAGCACGUCCGCUUCGCCCGCCCGAACGCCCCAGACCGUCGAAGACGGCGGCACGGAGUCCUCCGACGACCUGAUCGUCCUGGAUGAGGUUUCCCAGGGUGCCGAUUCAGGUUCCGAAAAAAACGGGACCGUCGAGGUCGGCGAAGGAAAGGACGCCGCCGCUACGGAUCCGCGACCGGGCGAAGACGAGGAGGAGCCGACGGCGAAGAAAAUAACGGCCGUUCCUCACAGGAGUAGGUUCGCUGAAGGGAUCAUUCCUUUCGAAGAGACGCCGGAGUUCACGGAGGUCGCCGAAGCCACCGGGGUUUACUUCAGGAUCCGAGGCCUGCUCAAGGAAUCCCCUCGGAAUCAGGCGAAAACCAAGAAGCAAAGCUCCUGAUCAACUAUCGACGUUUUCAUUGGUGUAUAGAUCAUAUCUGAGCAAUGAACUCUGUUUGUUACGUAUUGUCAAAAAUCUGUCUCCAGCCUUUUUCUUCUCCUUUUAUAAAAGCUGCAUUUUUAUAAUUUUCCACAGUUUGAGAACCUUAAAUGUCUUUGUUACUUUUCCCGUGAUUUUGAAUAGUUUGAUUCAUGUACAGUUCAUCAAACAAUCCCUCCUCCGUCGUCUUUUACCGACUCCAACGUUCCGGUGGUUCUUCCUUUCUAUGAUGUUUUUUUUAAUCACCUCCUCCUGGUUCUCUUUUAAAUUUCCCAGCCACCCUAUAAUUCACUGCGGUUUGCUUUUAACUAACUUAUUUAAGACGACGCUUCAGGGUGUCCGUCCACUCCUGGGUUUUACUUCCACUGUCCAGAUGUUUGUCAGAUUAUGGGAAUAAAAAAUGUCCUUUUUCAA